AUGAAACUAUAUUCAUUAUUCAUUUAUAGUGAAGCAGGUAUUUGUAUGUAUUAUUAUAAUUUUCUUAAAAAUGAAAUACCACCACAAAGACUAAUCGAACACCAACAAUUUAUAUCAGGACUAAUUCAAUCAAUAACUAACUUUUGUGAUUGUAUGAAUCCUUUAGCAAUUUCAAAUACUUUUGAAUGUUUUUGUACCGACACUUAUAAAUUUCAUUAUUACCAAACACCAACAAAUUUAAGAUUUGUAUUAUUAACAGAUAAUUUAGCACCAUGUUAUACAUCAUUAUUAAAAGAAUAUUAUUUAAAUUGUUAUGUUCCUUCAAUAUCAAAGAAUCCGUUAUUUACUUCUGAAAUAGAAAAUAUAAAAUGUCCAUUGUUAGAUAAGAAAACAGAAGAUUAUUUUAAAACUAAAAAUGAUUAA